CUGGGCGCUAGUUUAAAACUAAAGGCUAUUGCACAUCCUGCUCCUCAGCGCUGGGCUGGAGCUUGAGGGAGGAGAGGCUGAGGCUGCACAAAGGCCAUGCGUUGUGAGGCUGGAGCCGGUGCCCUGGGAGGGACAAUGCUGUGUGAGGCAGAUGCACCCGUGGCAGUUGCGGAACCAGUCCCUGUGGCUUGCUCUAAUUCGGAUCCUCAAGGGAGCUGUGAGGUGUCACUGGAUGAUGUACUGCUCAACUCAUCAGCUAGAACUGUUGAGGUCCACAACAGUGAGACAGCUGAAAAUACUAAGAUGGAGAGAUCUCAGGUUAGUUGCAAAGCCUCUUCACCUACGUCCGGUUUGUGGACAACACAACGAGAUGGAGAAGUCAAACUGAGGAUAGCUGAGAAGGGCCUAGGCAGCAAGGCACCAAAGACCGUGCAUGAACUAUUCCAGGAAACUGUGAAGAAAUACUCUAAUUAUUAUGCCCUUGCAUCCAAAAAGAAUGGCAACUGGAUAAAACUAACGUAUCAGAUGUACUAUAAUGAGUGCUGGAAAGCAGCAAAAAGCUUCCUGAAGCUGGGACUAGAGCGUUUCCAUGGAGUGUGCAUCUUGGGAUUUAAUGCUGCUGAGUGGAUUAUUGCUGACAUUGCAGCUAUCUUUGCGGGUGGAUUUGCUGUUGGUAUCUACACUACAAACUCUCCUGAGGCCUGUCAUUAUGUAGCAGAGAACUGUAGUGCUAACGUGGUGAUUGUGGAAAACCAUAAACAGCUGCAGAAGAUCUUAGAAAUUCAGCAUAAACUACCUCACCUGAAAGCUAUUGUCCAGUAUGGGGAAGCACUAAAAGAGAAGAGACCAAAUCUGUACUUUUGGAGUGAGUUCAUGGAGCUUGGCAGAGAUGUUCCAGACUCUCAGCUCCAGGAAAUCAUCGACUCACAGAAGCCGAACCAGUGCUGUACACUGAUCUACACCUCAGGGACCACCGGACAGCCAAAGGGGGUGAUGCUCAGUCAUGACAAUCUGACCUGGACGGCAAUGGCAGCAGGAUGCUCCCUGUUGCUGACAGAUGCUAAAGCAAAGCAGGAGCUGGUGAUCAGCUACCUGCCCCUCAGUCACGUUGCUGCACAGAUGACAGAUAUUUGGUUGCCAAUGAUAUUCGGAGCACAAGUCUUCUUUGCUCAACCAGAUGCAUUAAAGGGCAGUUUGGUGGAGACCCUGCGGGAAGUGAGGCCAACUAGUUUUUUGGGAGUUCCUCGUGUCUGGGAAAAAAUGGAAGAAAGAAUGAAAUCCAUAGGUGCAAAAUCCUCAGCACUCCGAAGAAAAGUGGCCGCGUGGGCCAAGGAAAUCGGGUUGCAGACAAACCUGGACCGGAUGAAUGGGUAUUAUGAUAUCCCAAUGAACUUCCGCAUAGCCAAGCACUUGGUGUACAAGAAAGUGCAAAAGGCCAUUGGGCUGGACCGGUGCACCAGGUGCUACACAGGAGCUGCUCCCAUCUCCAGAGAGACACUGGAAUUCUUUUUAAGUCUGGACAUCCCUGUGCUUGAGCUGUAUGGCAUGAGUGAGAGCACUGGGCCUCACACCGUCUCUUCACCUCACAUGUUCAGGCUUACCAGCUGUGGAAGGAGUAUUUCAGGCUGCCAGACACGCAUCCAUAACGCGGAUCAAUACGGCAUUGGAGAGGUCUGCUACUUGGGAAGACACAUUUUCAUGGGCUACUUGAACAUGGAGGACAAAACCAAAGAGGCAAUUGAUGAAGAAGGCUGGCUGCAUUCAGGUGACCUUGGCAAGCUGGAUGCACAUGGAUUCCUCUACAUCACUGGCAGAAUUAAAGAGCUCAUCAUCACUGCAGGAGGUGAGAACAUCCCUCCCGUUCCGAUCGAGGAUGCUGUGAAAGCUGCUGUGCCCAUCAUCAGCAAUGCAAUGUUGGUUGGAGACAAAGCCAAGUUCGUUGCUAUGCUUCUAACACUAAAGUGCAACGUAAACAUAGACACUGGUGAGCCAAGAGACGAUCUCGCUCCAGAAGCUAUUGAAUACUGUCAGAGGCUGGGCAGCAAGGCCACCAAGGUCUCGGAGAUCAUCCGCAGCAAGGACAAGGCUGUCUACGCUGCUAUCCAGAAUGGGAUUUCAGCAGUCAACGAGAGAGCAACCUCCAACGCCCAGAAAAUCCAGAAGUGGACCCUGCUGGAGAAGGACUUCUCUCUCUUCGGUGGAGAGCUUGGCCCAACGAUGAAGCUGAAGCGACCAGUGGUGGUGGAGAAGUACAAGGACCAAAUCGCUCAGUUCUACGCGGAUCUGGACGGGCCGGGCCCGGCAGGGAACAGCCUCCGGCAGUAGGACAAAGGCUGCGGCUGUGGACUGGAAGAGGCUGGGAAGGAUUCCCUGGGGUCCCUUGAAAUAAAGGAGGCUCAGGCAGCACACAGCCCCCUUCCCACUCGCUUCCCUGUACGUGUCCUGCCCCUACAGCACAGUGGGGUGAGUGUGUUCACACCCUGUGCUUCUCUGGGGCUGGUCUCAUGCUUGGACACCCCCAAACACCUCUGCUCCCCCAUCCUCGCCCUUCCAUUUUUACAAGGGCAAAUCCAACCUUUACCUUAAACCCAUGUUCUGUUUUCACCAAAGUUUUCUUUUCCUGAGCUGAAUGUAAACCCACCAAGAGCUGCAGUUUUCCUUCCCAUUUCUCUUUUUGUCCCCCCUCCUUCCCUCUAUGUCUGUGCAUGUCUAACUGCAUGCUGAUGGUACCUGAGUUGUUUUCAAUCUCUUUACCCACACCAUGUCCUCCAUCAAGGAGGGUGGAUGUUGGGUGACUGCUAGUGAAGGACUGUGUGGAACCUCAUGGUUCCUGGCUUUGUCUGUGCAAUAUUUGGAGUCUGUUUUAUCAUGAAGCUGUAAGUUGUAUUGUUAAAGGAGCAACCCGGGGACUAUUUUACACCGGGGACUGCUCACAAGUCUGUGUACAAUUAUGUGUGAAGUCUGGCUGUGGUCUUAUAGUUGUAGAAAUGCUGCCUGGAGUGGGCAGAACUCCAGAGGUUUUGUUCUUCCCAAGGUCCUGGCAGAGGCAUUUGCACUGAAUACAGAGUGUAGGACACAUGAGAGCAGCUUCAGAGCUGGGGGAAGCACCCAGUACCGGGAGCUCUCUUCUAAAUGGUUCUACAAGGCUCAUUGGAGCCUGCCCAGUGCCUGGCAGGACUCCUGCUCCCACCAGGAAUGAAGGAUCCCUUGGAACAUGCCUUAUGUCAAAUUAGAAACCAUUCCUGAACCAAAUACUCUCUGAUUCCGAGCAAUGUUUCCCGUGGGCAAAGGAGGAGCAGCAGGAGCAGGUGGUGGCUUGAAGGGGCUGCAGAGCACUAGGAACAGCUCUGGGGCUGCAGCACUACUUGGACCACAGGGGUACAAGUGUCUGCUCUGGGCGCUGUGACAGGCGGGUGACACGUCUGUAACCGCUGUGAGCUCCUGCAGGGGUGUUUGUUCCCUCUCUCUGAACCCAAAGGGGCUCUGGCAUCCAGAGCACCCCCCAAUAAACGCUGCUCUGUGUGUGUCCUUAA